UGUGCGACCGGAGAUGCUCUAGCACAUCAGCAGGGAUCUAUCACUACCCUGAAAAUAGCGGUGCGUUGUGUGGUGCAAAGCUCCUAAUGCCAUGUAAUGCAUAUAUAACCAUCCUCAUGGUCAUUACCAUCAUAAUUACACGGAUAGGCACACACUCGUAAUCGAUAAGUGCACACAUGCCCCCCCAACAAUUACACGGGACACACACACACGCAUAUAUGUCGUCAGCUAGCAUCGAAGGUUUACCUUCUACUGUUUCGCGUGGAAAUCUCCUGCUUCUCUCACCCGAGCAUCGCAGAAUCGAAUACAGAACUGGAAAUGAGGUACGAAAGCCGCCCCGACCGAGCUUACCGGCCUAGUACUUCCUUCUCUAGGGGUAGUGGAGCUAGCUCUCGAGGUAUCUUCAACGUCAGUCAAAAUCGUUGGCGUCGAGCUACUGAGGAAAGGCCCCCAUCACCUCCCUUGGGUCCGCUGCUGGAGACCGUGACUAGAGACGAGUUGAUCUCUGAGAUUUCCAUGGGCGAGUACGAGGUCGCCGAUGCUUAUAUCACAAAUGUCGAGUAUCUUGCCUCGUAUAACUGGACUACUCAAGAGGAAGUCCUUAUAAUUCCAGGAUGUCCCCCAGCGUGGACUCCCAUACAAGAAGCACGCAAAUUAGCACCUGAUAGUGGCAAGUAUCUCCGCGAUCGCAACGCCGCCCAAUCUCCAGUACAUCCCUUGGAGCCAGCUGUGCGGGCAUUAUUUGAAGAGAAUGAGGAUUUCCGAGGACAGGACAUCGACCUCUUUGCAUGUUCAAGCACAUUUGGAGGCCUACUUCGGUUUGUACUGGGAGUUGACAAGAGCGUCCGAUUCUUUGUUCAAACCUUAGGGAACACCGCUUUCUUCAUCCGGCGCGAGAAUUCGCCCACUGAGUUGAUUUCCAACGUCAAAGGAUAUGGGCAUGCAUUUCCGGAAGCCUAUACUACCUGGUCGAAAGAUGUGAGAGGUUCAACCUCACAUCAGAGACUCCUCAGAUACAGAUUUGCUGGGCUUAACGUUGUGUUGCGCUUCGAAGCUGACGGCUACCUCCCUUCCAAGGUUGAACAAGCACACAUGACUACUUCAGCGGCCAGUGAAGCUCCAAACGAACUCGAAUCUUCGCUCAACGGUUUCCGAAUCGACAGUUCUGAUAUUGAACCUUCAGUAGGUUCUAGGACCUGGACUAUCAAGCACGCUGGUUCUCGCGUCCCACAAUCCGCCAUCUUUGACCUCAAGACGCGAUCAGUACGUAGUCCAUUCCAGAAUGUCUUCGAAGAAGAGAGGCCUCGUUUUUGGGCAGCUCAAAUUUCCAAUCUCAUUCUUGCCCGCCACGAGCAGGGCGUUUUCAACGAAAUCGAAAUUAUGGAGACCGGCGAAGAAGUACGCAAGUGGGAGAGAGAGAACCAAGAUAGCCUUCGUCAACUAGGCUCUCUGAUUCGCAUGAUCCUCGCAAUAAGCGCAUCUCGUACUAAUGAGAAACUCGAGGUUUAUCGCAAAGAUGAUGGGUCGCUCGAGCUCAGAGAACAACUUGGUGACGAUCACGAAGUUCUGUCUGCUGGUUUGAAAGAAAAGUGGUUGUCUGAUCCCCAAGAUACUCCUCCUCUCCCCGGAACAACCCUUAAACAAAGCGGGAAGUCGACCUUCGAAAACAUGGCGCCUGGUAGCGGCCAAGAAAAUACUAAGACUCUCGGCGAUGGAGAUUUGGAUGGUUCAUCUGAUGAGGACUCCAAUGCAGAUUUUACGAAUUGUUCAGAAGUUUGCGGCUACUGUGGCCGGUGUUGAGAAGGUCUCUAUCGUUGGGUACGCUUGAUGAGAAUGAUCUACUUUGUGACCGCACACAGGGAGAUUACGAUAAUCUUUGAAGUGUUGUCCCAUCUUUCUUUUCCGGUG